CGCACCCCCUCCCCCAGCUCACUCCCCUCCGCCCCCGUGCGUUCCCUGGCUAAUCCAUCAUUCUGGGACCGAAAGCCUCAUUUCUCACAUUUUCCCAAGGAAAUCCUAGUCGGCGAGCGGAAUCCCUGCUCCGCGGUGCGCCCUCUCCGGUUCCCCGUCUUCGCGCCCGAGCUGCGGGACGAGAUAGCUCCUGCUUUGCCCAGCAGCAUAGGAUGUGGUGAAAGGAUGGAGCUUUUCCCUCGCGGGGCUCACCAUGGCCAGAGAAGAUUCCGUCAAGUGUCUGCGUUGCCUGCUCUAUGCCCUCAACCUGCUUUUCUGGUUGAUGUCCAUCAGUGUGCUGGCCGUUUCUGCUUGGAUGAGGGACUACCUGAAUAAUGUUCUGACUUUAACUGCGGAAACAAGGGUGGAGGAGGCAGUCAUCCUGACUUACUUUCCCGUGGUUCAUCCGGUCAUGAUUGCUGUCUGCUGUUUCCUUAUCAUCGUGGGGAUGUUAGGGUGUUGUGGAACAGUGAAAAGGAAUCUCUUGCUGCUUGCAUGGUACUUUGGAAGUCUGCUUGUCAUUUUCUGUGUGGAGCUUGCCUGUGGCGUUUGGACAUAUGAGCAGGAACUUAUGGUUCCAGUGCAGUGGUCAGACAUGGUUACCCUGAAAGCCAGGAUGACGAGUUACGGCUUGCCUCGAUACCGCUGGCUCACUCAUGCGUGGAAUUUUUUUCAGAGAGAGUUCAAGUGCUGUGGGGUGGUGUACUUCACGGACUGGCUGGAGAUGACGGACAUGGACUGGCCGCCGGACUCCUGCUGCGUGAAGGAGUUCCCGGGGUGCUCCAGACAAGCCCACCAGCAAGACCUCAGCGACCUCUAUCAGGAGGGCUGUGGGAAGAAGAUGUAUUCCUUCUUGAGAGGAACCAAACAACUGCAGGUGCUCAGGUUUCUGGGAAUCUCCAUUGGAGUGACGCAAAUCCUGGCCAUGAUUCUCACCAUUACUCUGCUCUGGGCUCUGUAUUACGACAGAAGAGAGCCUGGCACAGACCAGAUGAUGUCGCUGAAGAAUGAGCCUUCCCAGCACCUGUCCUGCCACUCAGUGCAGCUGUUGAAACCAAGCCUGUCCAGAAUCUUCGAGCAUACGUCCAUGGCAAACAGCUUUAAUACACACUUUGAGAUGGAAGAAUUAUAAAGACCAGCCGGGGAGGAAACCACAGAUGUGCUUUGUCGGACAUGAGAGUUUUUUAUGUACACACGUGGGAUGCUCCCGAAAUGUGUAGAAGUAAAGAUGUUGUCGUAAAAGAAUGCCUAGGCAGAUA